AUGGAGACCGAGACCGCGACGGAGGAGGCUGCGGCGGUGACGCCUUGUUUGAACACCGACGUGAUCGCGAAAGGCAAGCGAACCAAGCGACAACGACCUAACUCCCCCUUUUCCUUCACCAUCACGCCACCUCCACGCGCCGCCUCGUCGGAGGAGAGCACCACCACGGAGGAAGCCGACACCGCCAGGUGCCUCAUCCUCCUCUCCCAGGGCCACUUCAUCCCCAUCACCAAAACCCGCCGCGACGCCACCACCUCCGGCGCGUGCAUGUACACAUGCAAGACGUGCAACCGCUCCUUCCAAUCCUUCCAGGCCCUCGGCGGCCACCGCGCCAGCCAUAAGAAGCCCAAGAACGAGAAGCGGUACCCCAUUUUCUCCGACGAGGAGGAUUUCACGUCGGCGAACAAAUUCUCUCCGACCUCCCUCUCUCUUCAGCUGAGCAGCGUGUCCACCACCUUUGCGAUGAAGUCGCCGAGAGUCCACGAGUGCUCGUAUUGCGGGGCGGAGUUCGCCUCCGGGCAAGCCCUCGGCGGACACAUGAGGAAGCACCGCGGCGGUGCCGCCGCACCGAUCCCGACGAACAUUCGAGAAGCGAUAGUCGUUGAUGAGGAGGAGGCGGAAGAGAGGAAGAAGGGCGGAAACUGGCUGUCGUUGGAUCUCAAUCUUCCGGCGCGGGAUGAUGAGAGAGAAAGAAGCCCUAACCGGAUGGCUCAGCCAUUACCACUCAACCGCUGA